CUCCACCACAUACACUUUCGUCCUUCUCAUAUCACCUACCUCUGGCAUGAAUGAUAAAUUGAUAACACAUUCGUCUAUAGCACUAAAAACAAAUCCCAGAAGCUGAAACUUGAAAGGGGUAGUCCAUAUUAUGAUGAACAAACAAGAACAGGAACAGGAACAGGAACAGGAACAGAGUGUGAAGAUUGGCGUUGUCACAGUGACAGUGGUUGUGAUGCUGUCAUUGGUAUGCACGAGUGGCGCAAGCACUGGUGGCAACCUCCACCCCUUAAUUCUAAUACCUGGUAACGGAGGGAACCAACUAGAAGCUAAAUUGAGCAAUGAGUACAAGCCCUCUAGUUUCAUCUGCGACUCGUGGUACCCUCUUAUCAAGAAAAAGAAAGGAUGGUUCAGGAUUUGGUUUGAUACCAGUGUCAUCCUUUCCCCUUUCACGCAAUGCUUUACUGAACGCAUGAUGCUCCAUUACCAUCCACAACUCGAUGAUUACUUUAAUACCCCUGGAGUUCACACCCGCGUCCUUCACUUUGGUUCCACCAACUCCCUUCUUUAUCUCAAUCCUCGACUCAAGCAUAUCACUGGAUACAUGGCACCCCUGGUAGAUUCAUUGCAAGAGCUUGGUUAUGCUGAUGGUGAAACUCUGUUUGGAGCCCCCUAUGACUUUCGAUAUGGCCUAGCUGCUGAAGGGCACCCCUCCCAAGUGGGGUCCAAGUUCCUAAAAGACCUAAAGAAUUUGAUAGAAGAGGCAAGUGCUUCCAAUGGGGGGAAGCCAGUGAUACUUCUCUCCCAUAGCUUAGGAGGCUUAUUUGUACUUCAACUCCUAAACAGAAACCCCCUCUCUUGGCGCCAAAAAUUCAUCAAACACUUCAUUGCUCUCUCAGCUCCAUGGGGUGGUGCUAUAGACGAAACGUACACCUUUGCAUCUGGCAACACUCUAGGAGUGCCCCUAGUGGACCCUUUAUUAGUGAGACCCGAACAAAGAAGCUCCGAGAGUAACCUAUGGCUUUUGCCUAAUCCCAAAGUAUUCGGUCCCCAAAAACCAAUAGUUAUCACUCCCAAUAGAACCUAUUCAGCACAUGAUAUGGUUGAUUUUCUCAAAGACAUUGGUUUUCCAGAAGGGGUAUACCCUUAUGAAACUCGCAUUGUGCCCUUGAUAUCCAACAUAGAAACACCACAAGUGCCUGUGACUUGUAUUAUGGGGACGGGCGUGAGAACCUUGGAAACGUUGUUUUAUGGGAACGGUGAUUUUGAUGAACGGCCAGAAAUUUCUUAUGGGGAUGGUGAUGGAACGGUCAACAUGUUGAGCUUGUUGGCGCUUCAGUCACUGUGGAAAGAGGAGGGAAAUCAGUACCUGAAAGUGAUCAAGAUGGAUGGGGUGUCGCAUACUUCAAUACUUAAAGAUGAAGUUGCACUUAAUCAAAUAGUAGGUGAGAUCAGUAAAAUCAAUUCCCGUGCUGAGCUUGAUUUAAUCAAUGUGCUUUCGGAGUAAAUGAUCAAUGCACUUGAACCGUAGUUAAAUAUCCGUUGUCAGCGGAUUAAAUUUUGCGUGGGAUUUCUUUUCGCAUGUUCUUGUUCAUAGGAGGAUUAAAAUGUUGUGGUACUAAUUAUUUGAUUGGUUA